CCUGUUGCUCGCCGCGGCAAGCAGGCAAAGUUUGUGCGGGGCAUGGCAGUUCCUGGAUGCGCUGAGCAUUGCUGAAGCCGGGAAGAGGUCUUGCAGGCGGAAGGGCAGCGCCCCCUUCCCCUCCGGUGGGGGGGCGGUUCGGGCAGGCGAACUCGGGAGCAGCAGGACGGCCAAGCGAGCUGGCAUGGUGGGGCGGCUGGCGAAGGGACCGGCUUGCGAGGGCUGAGGCGCCGCCGGGCUGCGUGAGGACGUGAGGCUGCGGGACGCCGUCGGCCCGAGGCUCGGUCCAGGGGCAGCCCCGCUUGCUGCUCGAGGCGACUAUGGAGGAGGAGGAGGAGGGCCGCCCCGCGGGCGCGGAGCCGCAGGGGGACAGGGACAGCGACGGCACCCUGCCCGAGAGUUUCUCCAGGCUCUGGACGGACGUCAUGGGCAUACUGGAUGGAUCAUUGGGCAACAUUGAUGACCUGGCUGAGCAAUAUGCAGAUUACUAUAAUACCUGCUUUACUGAUGUGUGUGAGAGGAUGGAAGAGCUUCGCAAACGAAGAGUUUCCCAAGACCUUGAUAUGGAGAAACCUGAUGCCAGCUCUGCAUCCCUACAGCUGCGGUCUCAGAUUGAAGAUUCCCUUGGCUUCAGCAGUUUAGUAUCAACGCCAGAAACAGAAAGAAAGUUUUCCCUUCAUAAAUCAAGUUCUGAAGAAAGUGCUGUAGGCAAAGCAGAUUGGAAAAAAAAGAACAGAUAUUUCUGGCAAAAUUUCAGAAAGAAUCAAAAGGGAUUAAUGAGGCAGUCUUCUAAAGGAGAAGAUGUUGGUUAUGUGGCAAGUGAGAUCACAAUGAGUGAUGAGGAGCGGAUCCAGUUAAUGAUGAUGGUCAAGGAGAAGAUGAUCACUAUUGAGGAAGCACUUGCAAGGCUUAAAGAAUAUGAGGCCCAGCAUCGGCACUCAGGUAGCAUGGAUUCUUCUGAAUGGCCUGACAGUCCUUAUCCUACAUUUGAUGGUUCUUCUAAUUGCAACUCAAGAGAGCAGUCAGAUGAUGAAUCUGAAGAAUCGGUGAAAUUUAAGAGAUUGCAUAAACUGGUCAACUCAACUCGCAGAGUGAGAAAGAAAUUAAUCAGAGUGGAAGAAAUUAAAAAGUCCAGCACGGAAGCUGUGGAUGAGCAUUCCUGUGAGAGUUCUCCAGUACCAGAUGACAGAUUGGCACUUUAUUCUGGAGUUCACAAGAAGCAACUCUACUUGGAUAACUCUUCUGAGAAACAACCUGAUGAUGACUCUGAUUCACUGACCACAUCUCCUUCAUCCAGCAGCUUAGAUACUUGGGGUACUAACAGGAAAUUGCUCAAGACCUUCAGUAAAUCUGAUAGCCGUGGCCUUAUUAAACCCCCAAAGAAGCUUGGGACAUUCUUUUCCUACCCAGAAGAGGAGAAAACUCCAAAAGUUUGCCGCUCCUUGACUGAUGGAGAGAUGAAGAAGAAUCUUGGCUCUUUGAGCCACGGGGUAAGUAAAGAAAGCAUUUGCAUUUAUGACAACAGGCGAAAGCACCAUGUUCUUGUAUCCUUGGAAGAAAUUCAGAGUAUCAGGAAGCAGAUCCGACUGAAAAAGACAGAUUCUAACUACUCAUGUUCUAGAGCUUUUCUCUGCCAGCGUCCAACUAGGAAAGUUGUGUCUCCUUCCAUCUGUGACCUACAGCUCCUUCGUCACAAAGCCAAGGGGGGAGGAGGAGGCGGAAGCUGUGGCUUCCCAAACAGAAGGCUUCGCGGGCGCAGCUCGGUCAGUGAGUUCAAUAUCACAUAUGUGGUGGAGAGAAGUCUAUACAGUCACCUCAACUUGUCACAUCUGGUGCGGCCUGUUACUGACAGGACCCUGAGCAAGUCUGAAGAACAGGAUUUGAGGCGAUGUCUGCUGGAGGAGGAGGAGGCAGCGAAGAGGAAGUGGGCUGCCACAGUGGAUCGCUGUACUAAAAGGGUUCUCUUGAGAAUCCACCAGAAGUCUAGAACCUGCAGUUUUGGUGGCUUUGACUUGACAAAUCGCUCACUGCAUAUUGGAAACAGUUUGGAUCAGAUGGGGAAAGAUGGUGAUUUUGUUUACAAAGAAGUAAUCAAAUCCCCUUCUACUUCCCGCAUAUCUCUUGGUAAAAAGGUAAAAUCUGUAAAAGAAACCAUGAAGAAAAGGAUGUCUAAAAAAUACAGCAGCUCCUUGUCAGAACAGGAUCCUAGCCUAGGUGUGAUGCCAGAAUCUCCUCAGUUGGCACAGCCAGAUAUUGAUUCUCUGGAUAAACCCAAACUGAAAGCUGGUGGUUCAGUGGAAAGUUUGAGGAGCUCACUAAGUGGCCAGAGCUCAAUGAGUGGGCAGACAGUAAGUACAACAGACUCCUCAGCCAGUAACAGGGAAAGUGUCAAGUCUGAAGAUGGUGAUGAUGAAGAACUUCCAUACAGAGGACCGUUUUGUGGCCGGGCCAGGGUUCACACUGAUUUUACUCCCAGCCCUUAUGAUACUGAUUCCCUGAAGCUGAAGAAAGGUGAUAUCAUUGAUAUAAUUAGCAAGCCUCCCAUGGGUACCUGGAUGGGUCUCUUAAACAACAAAGUGGGUACUUUCAAGUUCAUCUAUGUCGAUGUUUUAAACGAAGAGGAAGAAAAGCCAAAAAGGCCCACAAGGAGGCGACGGAAAGGGAGACCACCUCAACCUAAAUCUGUUGAAGAACUUCUUGAUCGCAUCAACUUAAAGGAGCAUAUGCCCACGUUUCUGUUCAAUGGCUACGAAGACUUAGAUACCUUCAAGCUCUUAGAGGAAGAAGACUUAGAUGAACUCAACAUUCGGGAUCCAGAACAUAGAGCUGUUCUCUUGACAGCAGUGGAACUGCUUCAGGAAUACGACAGUAACAGUGACCAGUCAGGCUCUCAGGAGAAACUCCUUGAAGAUGGCCAGGGCUUAGGUGGGUGCUCUCCCCGAGAUUCAGGCUGCUAUGAAAGCAGUGAAAACCUAGAGAAUGCUAAGACUCGAAAGCAUUGUCUCCUGACCUCAAAAUUAGCCGGUGAAUACAGUUUUAAGGAUUUGCACAGAAAUCCAUUGGCAGAUUAUCCCAGUUUGUCCUUCACUAAAUCAAUAAAUGCCUCACAGCAAGGAGAGAAGGUAGCUUUCAGUUGCCUGCAUCAAGUUCCAAAAAGCUGCAUCAAGUCCCCAGCAGUUGUAGGCUUGAAGAAGAACCGAAGAAGUUUACCAGUUGGUAUCUGUCGGAGCUGUGAGCUUCUUGAAGGCACACAACAUGUACAUAUGUGGCCAAGAUCUCAUUCUCUUGGAGAUCUUCAUGGAGAAUCUAGCAUGGAUUGUGUAAAGUUGGUGGAUGCUUUACCUCAGGGUACACUGGAUUUAACAAAAAAGCUAACAGGAUCUGGAGGUGGCAUGACAGAACUGCUGAUGGCUAAGCAAAGCAAAGAUGGUGUUGAUUCUCUUAAAGGAAAAGCAAAAGAAUUGCAAUUCUCUGUAACUGUCCCUUCCAGUAGAACACUUCCUGUGUUUCAAAACUCUGACAUUCAGUCAUCCUCACUUGCGCAUGGUGUAAUCUGGACACCUUUUGAAGGCUAUAAAAAACCUAGUCAGGAUCUUGGAAGGGCUGAUCAUUGUCCAGAUGCCAAGGGUGGCAUGGAUUCUGAUCAGAAGCAUAUAACUGAGGCAAAAAUACAGCCAAAAACCUCUUCACAGCCACCUCCAGUCCCUGCCAAAAAAAGCAGGGAACGCCUAUCCAAUGGACACUGCCACCUGCCCUCAUGUCCAGAUGUGCCAUCUUUGCCACCAAAAAAGGCCAUCCAGUCUGGAUGCUCUGAUUCCAGUGGAAUAACUGUGUGUAGAUCAUCUCCUGAACAGGAACCCAGGAGCCCUUCCAGCAUAAGGCCUCCUUGGUUGUCAGACCUUCCAGAGACUGCUAGUGUUCAGCAACAUGUGUUAAAACUAGAUCCUUCAUCUGUGAGAAAGAUCUCCAGUGUAAGAGGGCUGGAUUUGGAGACAUUGAUAGAAAACAAGCUGCAAUCUGAAGAUAUCGAUCUCACAGAAGACCCAUAUUCUGACAAGCAUGGCCGCUGUGGGAUUCCUGAACCUUUGGUACAAAGAUACUCUGAAGACCUAGAGCAACCGGAAAAGGAUGUUGCUACAAACCUGGACCAAAUCCGGGUGAAACUGCUAAGGAAGCAGCACCGUAUGGCAAUUCCAAGUGGAGGUCUUACUGAAAUCUGCCGCAAACCUGUGUCCCCUGGACACAUUGCUUCCAUUACUGACUGGCUGGUUUCUAUUGGCCUUCCUAUGUACUCAAGCUUACUCAUGGCUGCAGGAGUCAAUGAUCUAAGCAAAGUGCCUUCUCUAUCACAGACUUCACUUCAAGAGGCUGGUAUCACAGAGGAGAGGCACAUAAGCAAGCUUUUGGCAGCAGCAAGAAUUCUCAAAAUCCUUGACCCAGAGACAGUUUAGCAUGCUCUGGAAUGUAACAGUGGCCUGUUGGAGAACCUUCUGUUUCCUUUGGUGUCCAUUUCAUCUUUAAUUUCUGCAGAACAAAAAUUGGAUCAAAUAAAGCAGGUUGUUGGGAAGGAUAAGAGAUAUGUGGGUUUUGUCCAUGAUUCAUACAGUAGAAUAGACACAACUGUCAUGAGGGGAGAAAUGGUGCUCACAGAUACCUUCUCCAAGAAAGGACACAAGGAAUGGUUCCUUAAAAUUUUUAAAAUAGGCUAGAUUGAGGCCCAGUGGUAUUGCCUGUAUCUAAGACAAAAAGGGAUCUUUCUACUUGCUAGAAGGCAGCCUUUAAAAAAUACAUCCACUCCAAGCCCAGGAGCUGGGAGGAAGUAGAAGAUCGCAAAGUUAGAUCAUCAGGUGCUUUGGGUCCAUUUGCUGGUUAAAGUAGAGCCCAUUGGACCAUCAAGAACAUACUAUUCUGACCAUACAUUUAGUUGUGCACAUCCCAUGAAGAAAAAAGAUCUUAGCAGAAAUAAUUGCAUUAUGGAUUGGGUCUCCUAUUGGGUAUUAUAUGCUCAUCCUUUUCAGUCUAGCAACUUUAUGUAUUAAUAAUGACAACUCCUCCAUCUUCCUAUUAGUAGCUUUUGGUGUAUUUUUUCUGGCUGCAAUACCCCUAGCUCAGGGAACCUGUGUCUCUCUGGAUGUUGUGAGAUUCCCAACUCUAAUCAGCCCCAGACAGCAUGGCCAAUGGCUGAAGAAGGUGGAAGCUGAAAUCCAAGAACAGCUGUAAGGCCACAGGUUCCCCUCAGUGUAUAGCUGAUCCUCCUUGCAAUUUAUCAGAUUCAGAAAAUUCCUUCUUUGUAUAGAAUUAAAUUGUAUAACUGCUUAUCUAGCAAUCAGCUUUUGUUAAUUCUUUUUUUUCUUAAAAUGCUUUGGGCAGUUCACUUAGUCAUGUCCAAGUUUCCCAGACCUUUUAGAAAGCAGUUUCGAUAUAUUAUCUCAUUGUAAUGUCUGUUUUGUAAAGUUUCUUUUUUCUUUUUUAAAUCAUAUUUCAGUUCUCAGGCUAUAACUUGUUUGUGGCAAUUCGUACUUGCUGGUAUUACUAAAAGGCUAAAAAAAUAGCUUGCCUUGUGUAUGUGUGUAUGUCUAUAUAUAUUAUAAGCACGCACACAUAUACUUCCCAUGUUAAUCUGUAAUUUGGUAUACGGUUAUAUUGUCAAUUGCUUUGCUGCAGCUUUGACUUGGUAUCCUGACCAUAUCAAUGGGAAAUGUUUUCUUUAGUUUUAAAGGUAAAGUUACCCAGUGGAAGUACAUGAACUGAUUGAACUAACUGUGUUUCAUACACAGUAUCAGAACAAGAAUUGUAUUUCCACAUUAAUGGGAAAAAUAUCAAGCUAUCAUUCUUACAAAAAUCAAUAUAACACCUCUGUUAUUGGGUGAUGAAAUGACUUAAACUACAGGUCACCUGGGUUAAUGGAACAGUUUGUUACUCCUGUUAUUACUGCAUAGUAACAUUGUUUUCCGAAACUAUUAAAAUAUACAAUGUAAAAUC